AUCACUUUCAGCAUAAUAAAUCAAAUACAAAUCUGCGCGUAGCUAGCGAUAUUAAAAUAUGGUUUAUCGAUUUAUUAUUUUAUGAUAUGAGAUGGUUGAAUAUGACAUAUUUUAUCUGGAUUUAUUUGGUUUAUUUGUCCGUUCACAUUGUAAUUUGUACGGAUGAAAAAAUCAACAAAACUAUAGUGACCGACGAUGGAGAUGUAUUUGAAACGCGUGACGUCAUUAAUCAACAAAUAAAUGAUGUGUCAGCAGAAUAUUUAGUAAAUAAAAAAAAGCAAGUCAAUAAACGAACGGAUGAAACAUUUUUUCCGGGUUUGACGCAACAAAUCUUCAAAGAUCUCAACGAUGAUAAUAAACAAGAACUUGCGCGAACAGAUAUCCCAGUCAAUCCGGACGAACAAUAUAUUAUACCAGAUAUUAAUCUAAUUAAUCCGGAAGAUGCGCAAAGUGCUGUGGAGAGAAUAUAUGGAUAUUUCAAACCCCCUGAAAAAGGAGAAUAUAUUUUCAAAAUAUCAAGUAAAGGUGAAAGCACCUUGACUCUAAGCACUUCAAAGGAUAAAAACGACAUGAAAAAAUAUGCUGAUGUUGAAGCAGGACAGGUAGUUGACAAACGUCAGUAUGACAAGUACGAAAAUCAAAAUUCUCGCCCCAUUCCUUUGAACGCCAAUCAGAUGUACUAUAUGGAAGUUGUUCAUAAAAAACUAGAUGGUGCUAGCCAUUUGCAGCUUGGGGCGUUGUUCCCGAAUGGAGAAAAACAUUUCCCACUAGAGAGUAGAUAUUUUUACACCGUGAAAGAUCCUAAAGAAGACAACACAGCAGAAUUAACCAAUCCUUCACCAAUGAAAAGCGAUGGUGGUAGUGUAGAGAAAGCACAUGAUCCUCACGUACGACAACUACAUCGUACAGGUAAACCAAACGCCAGUCCUUGUGGUACAAAUCUACGAGUUCGCUUAUACUCCACGAAUUUCAACUGUCUAAAACGCAAGGGCCAUAUAUGUAAAUAUGCAUUGAGUGGUGAAGACCGAGUUGUCAAGCUACGUCCAAGAGAAGCUGCAACGACUUUUGUGAUCACUAAACCUGGUUUGAAUAAUUAUGCAAACUCUAUAUCCUUUCAAGUAGAUGGCAAGCAUGGCAUAUUCCUUCUUAAAGACGGUGAUAGAUAUAUUGUUGCUUCAAACGAUGGUUCUAAAGACUUUGCGUCUUUAAGUUCAUUCAACGUUGACAGUCAAGAUGAUAUUGCUCCUGCAUCAUAUGGUAUCAGGUUAUUUCAAACUAGAGUCAGUUAUCUUUGCCAUGGUCCCUCCUCCACAGAUAUUUAUAACGAUAGACGUUCUCCUAAUUGCGCUUUUUAUAUGGUGCCGGUGGAACUUGAUAUGAAUUCGUUUGAACCAUCUUGCAACAGUUACUGUCCGCAGGAAAAUUUGGAACGAAAAUUGGAUUCAAAACCAGGUAAUACGAACGAAAAAGCGCCACUAAAUGUUUUGGAUGCUUUGGCGCACCAUACGGCUGAUGUUGAAGCAGCAAAAUACGCUGCGAAAGUUAAAUUGAUGACAACCGUGGCCAAAAAUCCUACGAAUGUCAUCCCAAUUGAAGCAGACGCUGAGAAAAUCUUACAAGCAAAACAUAUAGCUCCAAUAAAUUUAGAUGAGGUCAAAACGAAUCCUGUUAAUAAAUACACGCCUGUGAAUCUUGAUAAGCAAAAGCGUCCUGUGUUACAGGUAUCUCCCAUGAAGAGCGUGGGCGUACAGCCGUUCAUUUUGGUUAAAAGCGCACCUCAAGGAGCGCAUCUUCAUGUUGUUAGCAUUCCGCAACACAACAACGAAAAUGAAACGCCGUAUGCAACUGAUAGUAUUUUGCAGAGCAGCAACCCUGGUCAGACAAUGCUGAUUAAUUCUUCACUUAGCGAAGAGCAAGUAGAGCCACGUCAGCAAUAUAUCGCGCUUCAUUUAAACAAUAAUGUCGGUACGACUGGUGACGUCAGAAUAAUUUCAAGUAUUAAACCAGAAGGUUACGUACUUGGCAAAGAAGUGUUUAAACUGAAAAUAUUAUUCAAGCACAAAUAUGAGAAACCCGUUGUGUUUCACGGUGUGGAUGAAAGUAGUUCAGGUCGAACCAUUUUGUUGAACGGACAGAGAGUUAUGAAGUUUUACCCGACUGCUGAUGAGGAUCAAAGUACGGAAGUUUCAGUCACUGCUGUAGAUCCCGUCACUGAAGUUCAUGCGGAACCGUCUAACAUGGAUUCUUUUAAAGAUCCGCCUCCAGGAAUUGAGCGUCCCAAACCAGCUCCACCGGUAACAUCUCCAGCGCCUACUUUGCCGCCCUUGGAGACUGCAGUAGAACCAACUAAGGAAAAACCGCCAAACAAAGCUAACUCUGCAAAUCCACCAGACCAGGGUCACAUCACCUCCAUAUCAGGCGUGGCCCGCACUCACGAAGAACUUUAUCCGCCCAUGAAGAUCUCCAAUGCAGUUGAUGAAUCUAUUGACUUGCCUGUAAUGAUUGAAAAGAAGCAGUACCAUCGUCCUGCUGCGCCUGUGGAUGAGAACGCGAAACAAAAAGAUGGCGUACCUGAUGUUAUGGAGAUAUCAUAUGAUGACGACAAUGGACAGAAGAAAACCAUUACUGAAAUUCUUGUUGAUGGUAACGCUGUCAAUAAUACAAGUUUGACAAGGAAUAAUAAAAAUCCUGCGUUGCUGGAGACAAGUGCUGCGAAUUAUACAGGGACGUUAAUAAACACAACAUCAAUAAAAGAAUCUGAAAACAUCACAGCGUCGCUAGCAGGAAACAAGACCGUAAAUAUAACGAACAGCUCAAACAGUGAAGAGAAAGAAACGAGUAAAGUCAUCCAUGGAGAAGAGCUACAACACAUGGAACAUGAAGUUAAUAAAACUGCAAGUUUACUAGCUUCGUAUCCCAGCAACGACACUGCAUCAUUCCAGAACCAAAACCAAUCAGAUAUUGUGCAUUAUGAUUACAUUGAUUUCAUUGGUUCAGAAAAUGAAACAACAAAUAACACUGAACCACCUAAUUCUAAGAUUGAAUAUUUUGCAGCGAAUAAAAGCGUGGAGCAACUUAACACAGAAAUGUUGUUUGCUGGAAAUAAUACUCAACUACGCAACGAAACAAGUGAUCUUUUGAACAACGCCACUUACACGGAACCGAAUGACGCUGAUAGUGAAAGCUACUCUGUCAUCAAAAGUCUUGACGAAACGCAGAAGGAACUUCGUGAACUGAAUUCUCAAAUUGAAAAGCUUGAUAAAGAAAGUGAUGCCUUACGUACGGUCAAGCCUUCUGAAAACACCGUAGAAUCCACAGUACCGGAUGUCAGGGUUGGUGCUUUUGAACAGUCGAAUGAGAAAGUGGGAUUUGAAGCUGUGAGACAAUAUGAACAGAGCGGUACCCCUGACAGUUGGAGAAGAAACACUGAGCAAGCAGUGGCGAAGUUAUUGCCAGAAGAAGAGAUUGGUAGUCGAAGUGAGAAAAAAACAAUCACAGCCUCACCAGAUCGACCGGGCGGAAAACAGGUCCUUGAAGAUGGCGAUACUGUUGUCGGAAAGAAAAAUAUUCUUAACACCAUCAAAGCUUUAGAAGAAAAUAACUACCGCAGUAAGGUCAAAUCUUUAAGCAACUUUUUGAAAGAAUACACCAAUGAAGAUGAAGGAGGAAAGCAAAGAUACGAAGCAUGGUUGGCUGAACAUCAGCACCCAAAUUCUUGGUACUAUGGUAUACCUGUUGGCGGUGUAAAACGAUCACCAUUCAACCGAAAAAAGUCUUUUUUUCAUUCACCAGCGUCUCCGACUGACCCGGUUGUAAUUCAUGACGAUGACACCGGUUAUAUGAAGCGUUAUAACGUGCAUCCACAGAUAACGUUUCCCCGUCAAAUUCAAUUUCAUGACGACAAAAGGGCGAAAAUCCCCAAUAAACCACCAGCAAAGAAACGUAAGACCAAACACGGCAACAAACGCAGAAGAUAUCGACGUAGCUUAUGUGAUUGCGCACAAGGUUGCGCAGAUGACAAAGACAUUGAGGCUUGCUUAAGUAAUUGUGAAAACAAGUGCUCUCCGUCUUUGGUGAUACACGAGAAAGAGAACACAAGAGAAAGAAGAAAUGCGAAAUAUCUAGGCGAAAAGAAAAACGCGAGUACAGUAUUUGAUGAAGGUAUUGUGAACGAUAUUGAAGAGGAAACAGCUUUUACUGCUGAUAAAAAUAAGAAUGGCCGUAAGUCUUACAUUUCAGAGGAAGAUGAUGUGGAGGAGAAACGCUUUAGGAAUAGAAGAACUAAAAAAGCGUCCGCUCCUUCUAAGAAAAGUGUGAUACCUAUAGCACAGCGCAACUAUGCUUAUCCAUACUCGUAUAAUUUUAAAAAUAUGCUUCCACUCAAACGCGCCUUCGUUGAAAAACGAACUUCGAUGCAAACACGCCCUCCUUUUCCCCAACACAGCAAUCAAUACACUAGUAAUCUUCAAACAAAUACUUACACUAAUAAACGAACGAUUCUAAAUGACCGGCGACCGAUGUCUCAAUAUUAUAUCUCACCCCAAUACUACAUGAAAAGUUAUGUUCCCCAACAAACUAGGUAUCAAUCGUUUCAAAGAUGGUAUCAACCACAAUCUACCAACGAUAAACAAGCAAGUUUCUACUACAAUAACGUCUACCCAACACAAAGACAGUAUUAUGCGAAAAACAUUGUACCGGGAGCCUCUCCUUAUUACUAUGGCAACUACGCAAGAUACUAUCAACAAAACAAAAAUACUCCUUUAUUUUACGCCAGGAAUGGCGUACCCGCCAAACCUGCAGAUGUAAAAGCUAAAAUUCCUGCUCAUAAAACGCCCUCUAACAAAAGAAUUGUUAGUCCUGUCAAAUACAUUCAUGACGAAGAACUUAAAAUGAAGAAGUUUAAAGUUCAAACUGGCGCCAAAAGGAUGUUGGUUUACCCUAAUCACUUGGUGCGCAAACCAGCUGAAACAUCGAGGCCAAUCGUGAGAACGGUAACGGUGAUGAGACAAACACCGGUAACGCAUCCAAAUAUAACUAUCGACGAAAACAAAACAUUCACGGGAAAUGUUGAGAAGUUGAGUUUAACGAAGAAUACAACGAAAUCGGCUAAUAUAAACAAAGAACAUGAAGUGGAAAGCAUGAACCAGGAAAAACACGUGAAAACAGAUAAAAAUGGUAAUGAUAAUAAAACUGCUUCCAAUGGUGAGAAAAGGAUGAACAAAGUAAAUAAAUAUAAGGCUGCCCUUAUGCCUUCCAAAUCUGGAAUACCAUAUUACGCCAGGCAUACCGAAUCGGGGAGUAAACGAAACAUCGAAUCAAAUGCAGCCAGCGUUAGUAACAGCACAAAUGCAACGACAACUUCCAGCAUUUCGAAUGAGACAGUGGUAGACUUAAAGGAAACAUUUGAAAAAUAUCUGAACAAAGAUGACGUAGUUAACAAUACUGCAGGGAAUGUGACAAAUGAUGUGAUAAAAGAGAAAGGAAAUAUGACGAAAACUGGAGAAAGCAAAAGUAAAAUCGUCAAUAAGAUUAUGGAAGAAGAAAAGAAGGGUAGUGACGAGAGAAGAAGAAAUUCUUAUUUUGCUAUUGAGAUUGCGGAAGAUGAAGAUGAAAAUAAACCUGAGCCGACUGAAAAAGAGUUUGCUAAGAAAAAAACAUCAGAUUUAGAGACAGCGAAAAAAGAAAUUGAGAAGGAGGAAAAGGCUAGAGAGAGUCUUACUGAUAAAAAUGGAGGAAUUGAAAAUGUUAUAUUCGACAACAAUGUCGAUGUGUCGUCAGUAUUUUUCCGACAUGACGCUAAAUUGAAUCGCAAUCAUGAGCAAAACACUACAGGUAUUCUAAAAGAUAUUGAGAACAUUCAACCGGCAAGUGGAAAAGGUUUUGUAAAUCAUACCGGAAGUGAGUUAAGCUACACCGAUGCUGUGUUUCCGACGCAAUCUUUUCAUCGCGCGGCAACGCAGGGUUAUCAAGAUGUGGCCACAAAACCUUACAUAGGCGUAGAAUCUCCUAACAAAGCGUAUGUUAAACAAGAAACUGUCAACAAAGCUUUUUUACAUCAUGACCAACCCACAAAAUUGUUCAGUUUAGAUGUUCCAACUCUCCGACUAAAGCAUCAAUUAACUGCUAUCACGAAACAAUUCAACAACAUCGAUAACCCUACCAAAUCAAGUGAAAGUAUAAAUAGCUCUACUCAGUCGUUUCGUAAAGCAAUAAACUCCACCCAGUCUUAUUCCGAAGUUGACAUCCCUACACAGCAGUUUCACAAAUUGGAAUACGCGACGGAACCAGUUAUUAAGUCUGCCAAUCCAACAUUGCGAUUUCAUAGAAUUAUAAAACCAACUAGGUUUUUUCACAACAGUAAAGCUCCAACAAAACUGCGUGGUAUUGAGAACAUUACGAAUAUCGUUCAGCAGGAGGGUUCUCCUCCUCAAGAAGUUAACAAACCAACCCAAGCUGUUCAUAAAGAGGAAGAGACGACAAAAGCUAUGGAAAACACAGAUAGUCCAUCAAAAGCAUUAGUAAGAGAUACCAAACCUAAUAAAGUAAAAACGCAGGUUAAUAUUGUCAACGCUACGAAAGUCGAAGCAAUGCUACACAAUAAAACACUGGCUAACAACACAAAAAUAUUGAGUGGCGAAAAAAAUGUAAGUCAUGUGUCUAAUGCCACCCGCGAGAGAGUGAAAACCUACCUAAGAAAGACCAAGGAGAGACUGAUGAUGGAAAAACUUCACACUCCAAAAGAAAUUGAAGCAGUUUACACAGACCGUAUAGAUGGAGCAGAAACACAACGAGCUGUCCAAACUAACUUUGAUGAAACUGAAACCAACAUGCCGUACAAAGCAUAUUCGAAUCAUGACAAUGUCAAUGGCGAUUGGUUUGACACAGGCUUUCAACCAGAUGUAAAAACCAAACAAGAUAUCAAAAUGUCCAAAUCUGGAUUUCUUAAUAAACUACUGAAGCCAAAGGACAGGGAAAAUUCAUACGAUGUGUCUCCCACAAGUAGACAGGUUGAAGAUAAAAUUAAAAAUAUUGUAAACGCAGCAGAAUUUACCGAACAAAGUGAACUCCAGAAUCUGAUUAAGGAAUCUAUCGGCACUGCCCUGAAUGAAGAACAAGCAACAUUAAAUGGCGUAAAUACGAAACACGGGUAUAAAAAUAUGAGUGAUCUUGUCACUUCUGAUGCUGAUGCUGAAGCGAGCAGGCCUCCUAAAAGCGAAAAUGGGGAAAUGGCGAAAAUAAUGUCGGAUUUUAAGGACGAGCUUGCACUGAAUGAACAAGAUCCUAGCUCUCCGAUGAUUGAAGAUUCAAGCGACAAAGGAGAUAUCAUGAGAGAGUUGAAAGUAAACGAUCAACAAGAAUACAAUGCGUUGAAAUCUGAUCUAGAAGGUUCACUUAAUCAAAAGGAAAGGUUUCAUGCCAUGAAGAACUUUACAGACAUUCAAGAUGUUGAUGAUGAAACUGGAGAGAAGAAACAUGUCUUGCGUGGAUUAAAAAUAUCGCGUAAAAAAAAGGAUAAAUCAGAAUAUAGCGAGAUUAACACUAAGGUUAGCGAGUCUGAAGGCGGUACAACCUCCCUGUCUGCAAAGUCAGCCACCACAAAGCCUGAAGGAGAUGUCAACUCAAAACUUAAAAACGAAAAUUCCUUAUCCUUUGAUUCAUCGGACGAAAGGAAAGAGACAACGGCUUCUAUUUUCCCAACUGCGAAGGAGCACAAUUAUCGCAAAUAUCAAAUGGAGACUAACAGCGAGAAGCCAAGUUUGGCGGGAAUUGAAGAAAAAUGGAAGAAGGUUAAGGAACAGAACAAACAUAUCGCUGAAGAAGAGGAUGAACGACUAAAUGAAGAAAUGCUAUCGAGAAAAAAUCAUACUCCUUCGGAAGACAAAGGAGAAAACAAAAACGGUGAUUUACUAAGUGCAUACUUCAAAGAAAUAGAAGGAAAGACAAAACUAUCGGAAGGCAAAGAAUUAAAUUUGAGACAAGAGAAAAGACAAAAGAAAAUUAAAGCUACUCUCGCCAUGAUCAACGAUAUAGAAAGUCAAAUUGAUGGUAUGAUACAUGCGUCAGAUAAGGUGGAACACAAAAAAGCAAAGAAAAGGGGUAAAGCCGCCAUUUUUACUGAGUUGACAGGUAACAAUGUUGAAAGUAAGGAUUCUAAUUAUGGGAGUGGCGAAACACAUCGUGUAGCUUCUCGGAGAAAAGAAAAAAUAAAGAAAACUGAAAGAAUCAAAAGUAGCAGGAAGUUGAAAAAAAAUGAGAGAAAUGAAGAUGAAGACGAGGAUGAAAGAAACGAAGAAUUAGAAGACGCUGAUGAUGAUGACGAGGACUAUGCGGAAGAAAAAACUUCACCAAAGAGAAAACAUGCCACACCCAAAACAGACGACGAUGAAUAUGAGGACGAGGUCGGCGAUGAUGACCACUUCGAACGGACUCACAAACAGGUAAUGCCACGUAAGCAUAAACAUCAGUUUGAACAACCAAUCACAGAACGGCACGAUGAGCAUGAUGAGAACAGUAUCGCUAACGUGAUUGCCUCAAACGACCAGCGAGUUAGGCAGCAACAAGCGAGUGAAUUGCUUAACCUACAAAAGCAAGAGGUAAAUGAAGAUCUUCUGAAAUUAAAAGAAGUAACUCAAGAUGGACUGCAGUCUAUGUUUGCAAAAGCUGUUGCUAAGCAACAGAAGUUUAUGGAUGAUAUUCAAGGUCCAACUGAAGAUCAGAGUGAGGAUUUAAUCGCGAGAGAUCAAUUGCAAGACAAUCCUUAUAAUAAUGAGAAUAAUAAUAAUGAGAAACAAUUAAUGACAAUUUUAGGGGACCAAAUGUUACCCUAUCAGAGAGAGCAAAAUGAAAUAGGGAACAAUUAUAACUUUGUGAAUGAAGAUGAAAUUCCCAGUAAUAGAAAAAGCGAAGUUGAAAGAGAAAGAGAAGACUUAGAUGAUGAUCUUCUAGAACCGGAAGAUAACGGCGACAAUGACGACUUUUAUGACGAUGAUAGACGGAGAAGAACCGUCAAUCUCGUAUAAAUCACGUGUUACUUAUAUUUAAACGACAUCUUGAUGGGAAGGCAAGGAUGUAAUGUCAGCACAGGCAAUGUUUAAUCCACAUGCGUUCAGGCCAUAGUGCUAAAUGUCAAUAUGUACACGUCAUAUGGUCAACUUGUUUCCAGGCUUUGACACAUGGUUUUGUUCUCUUCUAGAAACUGUAAUCGAGCGAAAAAAAUGAACGGGAGUAAGCGUGCAUAUAUUCAAUGGUUUUAACCAUUUUUAGCAUGAUAAGAAUUUUCUACCUGUCUAGUAUUUUUUGAAAGCAAUGAGUUUCUGUCAUACUUAACACGGUUCGUGAUUCAUUUAGUAAUACUAGCAUUUCGCGCCGAAAUCCUAUUUCUUAACUUUCGAUGAACUGCAGACACACCUUAGCUGACUGUCACGUGACUAGAUUUACCAUGUGGCUAUAUGCAUAUGUAAUAUUUUUAUACACUGUAAGUUUUGUAUUUAGUUUUAGUAGCUAAUAAUAUAAAAAAAUAUCCAAA